AUGCGAGACGUCGGGCAGCUGGCGGAGAUCUUCCAGUGGAGGGGCGAGGUGGGAAAGGGCCUGCCAGGUUUCACGCCAGAGGACAAGAACCGCGUGUCGGAAGAGUUGGCUGACAUCCUCCUCUAUGCAAUUCGGCUGGCGGAUGUCAGUGGCAUCGACCUGGGCCACGCAGCUUACAAUAAGCUGCACGUGAACUCCCAGAAGUAUCCACCUCAGGAGUACAUCAGGCCCCCAGGAACCAAGUACACCAACUACUCUCAUGGAAGGGCCUUCGAGACACCUCAGAGGCACAAGUCAGAGGAGGAGGUUGGCCGGAAACGCCAACGGGAGCGGUUUAGUGAAGAACAAGUGGCUGCCAUGACACAACUGGCAGAGAGGGCGGGUUGGUCAAUAACGGCCAUCUCCUGGGAAGACCGGGUGAAGUUUUGUGAUGAGUACACUGUCACUAAGGAGCGCCUGAGCAAUUUCUUCAACAAUCGCAAGCCCAAGGACUUGAAGAAGGGGCGCACGCGCAGCUACGAUCGCACAGCUGGACAGACCCCGGCACCACACCACACGCCCACCAUGGAGAUGCAAGACAUGCAGCCGCGCGAUCACCUGGCACCCGUCCCAAAUGAGGCUGAAGGUGUACCAAUGGUGACUCAGCCAUUUGAGGUGAAAGUGGAUGUUGUUGAUGGGACGACGGGGUCCAUACACAUGCAGCCACCUGCAAACGAUGCUCAAGCACAAGUUGCACAAUCGAUGAGCCCACCUGCUACGGCAUGA